AUGUCAUCAUCAAACCCCGCCUCUCCUGAGGAAGCAGUGCUAGAUCCUGAGCCUGAACCCGAGACUCCUCUGAAGCCUUCCGCACAAGACGAGAAUGAUGGAAAUGAAACGCCCAAGUCAGCACCGCCGGUGGCACACCGUGGGCGACCGCGUGCCAAGUCGACCAGAGAGCCUACACUCCUUCACGACUUCCUCCUGGGCCGGCCCUCAGCAUCGCGACAGGCUGCCGAGCGUCAACGGCGAAUGAGCUUGGAAGCUGUCAAGGCCGAAUUGCGCCAUGAAAUGAAGCAGUCUCAAGUCAAGCGCAUCCAACCCCCGAACGGUGUCCGAGAUCGUGUCAAGAAAUGGCAAAAGGCCAAUGCUGCCGCUAUGGAGAAUACCCCUGAUGACGCAGCGACAGAGCCCCCUGAUAUCGCGUUUGAAGAUGAGGAGUUCCAGAGUGUAACAGAGGAGGAUCGAGUUCGCAUCAAAAUGAGGAAGAAACUCAAGCGACCCAAUAACAAGACGAAGGAGAGCCUGGCCACAGGGGAUGAGGCUACACCUGAUGAAACUCCAACUACACCUACAUCGGCAGCAGCGAAACCACCGCCUAAGAAACGUGUUGUUAGCGACGAACAUUGGCGGAAAAAUCGGAAACAUAUACCAAAGAAGACCUCGCCUGCUAAAGCACCUGCUCCGGCCAAAAUACCGAAAGAUUUUGUUUUGCGCACCGCCGCCAAUCCUCGCGUCGCAAGCAGAGUCAAGGCAUGGGCAGAAAGGGUCGAGAUUCCAGAUCCACCUGCACCCAGAAGUCACAAGUCCUCCAAGUCGGUCGGAGCGAAACCGUGGAUGGAUGAUACCGACAGCGAGUUCAUGAGUGACAGCGAAUUUACAGUGAGCAAUGUCACUAGCAGUCGGUUCACAAAAGCGCGAUCCGCCAAAUCAACACCAGGGCCUGAUGAUGGCAUUCGCGUGAAACCAAUGCGAAGGGGAAGGAAUAAUGAUGAUGGUAUUCGUGUGAAAGCCGUCAGGACAGCACUUACCGAUGACGAAGGAAUCAGAGUUAGACCUAUGAGCGAUAUCUCAUCCAACGCCGGAACAUCGGUUCGCACGGCAAGAUUGCGGCUCAAAUCUGCUCCUAGCUCACGGAGACCUAGUAUGAGUUCCGUGAAACGGGAAAUGAAGAAGUCGCAGUCAGAUAAAUCCAAGAUCGAAGUCAUUGAGGAUCCUUCGGAGGUAUCGACAAACAAGUUUAUCGAGGUCAUCGAGGAUGACUCGGAACUGUCUAAGACAACAAAGACAACCGACAAGUCGCGUUUAUCUGGGACUAUACCAAUUGAAGUUAUGGAAGACGAUUCGGCAAUUGACACUCCAACCAAGAAGAGAAGUGUAUCAGCACACAAGUCAAAACCUCGACCAAAGAGUUAUCAGCCUCCCACGACAAAACAGAAGGGUAAAGAGACGUGGGUGCCCGAAGAAGAAUCUACGAUCGAGCCCUCUCAACUUGACGGCUCAGAUCUGUCUUCAAGUAUUUUGGCAAAGUCUAUAGCAGACAUCCCUGGAGAAAUCCCCUGGGGUAACUCUGCAUUCACAGAACUUGAUCUGCCCCUGCGAGCGCGUGGAGGACCUCUUCGAAGUCGACCUAUUCGCCCUGCUCGCCCUGCCAAGCCUGAAAGAAAUACCAGCUUCAAGUCCAUGCCCAAAGUCUUCAAGAAGGUGGUGGAAGGCGCCAACAAGAUAAUUCAUGAGAUGAACGAGCAUCCUCCCCCAAGAGAUACUGUUCCAAACAACCCUCGAAGUAUUGAAAAGUGGCUCAACACUACGGUUGACCCCUUCGUUGAGGAGCCCGAGGCUGAGCCAGCUACAACACCUCUGAGUGAGCAUGUCCCAGAUAAGCCAUCAUCACCUGAGACGAUCAAGAGUCAUCGCCGCUCGUCUCGCACCGAAAAACGAAGGGUUUCAUCCUCAACUAUGAGUAAACCAGAUACAGCUGACAGAACUGUAUCGAGCGAAAAGUUACCCGUUACGCCGGAGCCCGUGAAGGAACCCAUCAAAGAGAAACCUACAUCAUCACCUGUACCGAAACCCGGGCCUGUCAGACAACCUGCCAAGGAGCCUUCCCCAGAACCUGAGCCACCGAAGAAGUCAAUCCCAAAACCUAAAUCAGAGCCCAAGCCUGAACCACAGCCCGAACCGGCUGCUGUGAAAGAGCCUGCAACAGAUCAGGUCUCGCCGCUGUCCUCACCAGCUCCUUCGCCAGAGCCUGAAGCCAAGACGAAACCGAAGCGGCAAGAUACGAAAGCACCAACCAAAGCUCCGGGUGGUUUGGGCCUCAAGAGGACCAAAGCAACUCGAACUACAUCUUCACCUGUCAAGUCAAGCCCCAAGAAUUCGCUCUUUGGGAUGCUGAAGGAGGCCUUUACUGGGGAAUCAGGCAAUUCUCUUCCCAAGGUGAAGCCUUAUCUGAGUCGAGAGGAACGACCCUACGAUGACCAGCCCGAAUCCAUGUAUACCGAUUCCAGAUACAGUGAUUCUCGUUAUGAUGACUCAAAAUACGAAGGGUCAAAAUAUGAUGAUUAUCACUACGAAGAGUCUCGUUAUGACGACGAACUUACAUACGAUGAUUCGACUGAAAAUUGGACUGAAACAGAGCUAUCAAAGACUGAAAAGUCGAGAAGUGUCAGAUCCCCGUCUCCCUUGGAAGAAAAGAAGAAGCCCCAAAACCCAGAGCAAACACGGGAACCGAUUCGGGAACCGGCGCGAGAACCAGAACAAAAUCGUGAUGACCGAUCGGCUUUGCCGUCGGCACGUAUGGCGGGCCCACGUCUUCCACCGCCAACUCGAGGUCAAUAUGAGUUGUCUACAAUUCUUUCUGAGGAAGCUUCCAGCGCUGUCGAAUCGGAUCUUACCACUGAUGUCACCCAAUCCACUCUUACGCAAUCCACUGGCGUAACGAAAGAGACGAGACGUUCGAACUCUCGCUCGAAUUCCAAGAGCCAAGGAUCUGGCCUCAAGCGACGGCUUACUCGUCACUCUGAUCUUGUCUCAGUCCUCUCGCUACCUGAUGACAAGAACAUCCCCAGUGCCAUCACAAGUAACCGCUCAAGACCCAGUAUGCGGAAGACUCGGGGUGGGGCCACAGAUGUGACAAAUGACGACCUGCUCAAAGAAUUUACCGAAGACGAGAGUCUCUAUCUUAGAGAGUUGAAGACACUGGUCGACGGUGUUAUCCCAGUCCUACUAUCACAGGUCGUCAAUGGUGACAAUGCUACUGAUCUGUUUGGCACAAGCACCCCAGUCACCAAAGCCGAUGCUCUCUCCAAGUCUGUGGUGAACAUGGGUGUUGCCCUAGAGAAACUUCGCAUGGCUCACCGCAAGGCUCCCAUUCAUGAUAUUCGUCGACUGGCUUCCUGGGGCCAUGGCGUCGUACCCAUAUAUCAUAAGUACCUCGAUGCCUGGAGGCUGGGCUUCCAGGAUCUCGUCGUUAAUCUUGCCCCGGCCGCUGGAUCCCCAGAAGACGAGGAUUCUCUUGUCGGUGCCAUGCCCAGGAAUGAGUCUGGGGAUAUUGUUGAUGCUACAGGAGAGCGGGUUGAUGUGGCACACCUUCUCAAGAGGCCCCUCCUUCGACUUAAGCAAAUCACAAAAUUCUUCAAGUGUGUCGACUCUAUCCUUGGGACCAAUGAUACUUAUGAUCUACUGAGUGACUUUGAAGACCUUCAAGAAAAGGCUCGCCGCCGACAUCGAGAAGAAAUGGCUCGAUUGACUGACGAAGACGCGAUCAAUACCGAUACAACCAGAUCGCGAGACCUUCGAACACUUGCUCCAAUGGAGGCUGUGUACAUUGAGCCAUCACGACAAGUCAGCGCCAAGGACUUCUUCUCUCUCGACUUGGCACAUUCCAAUGGCCAGCGCCUUGAGUGCCAGAUUGAGUUGGUGCACCGGGAUAACCAGCGUUAUCCUGAAGAUAAGGGUGAUAUCCUGAUCCGCGAAAAUGGGGUCAAGGGUCGAUCCUACCUUCUAUUCCCUCCUGUACCUAUUGAAUUGAUCUCAGCCAGGACAGGAGACGGCAACUUUGACAUGGUGGUUAUGAUUCGAGGAACGCACAACGACAGGCCAUGGCACGAGCUACUCACACUCACCACUGACAACGAAGACCAAAUUUUGGACUGGCUCGAUAUCCUUCCAGUUUCACCUGUUCCUCCCAGAGAGCCAGAGCCAAGUAUAAUCGACGAUGAAGAGCCAUACUCACAAUCUCGGAUGCCUGAUGUCCCAGUUGGCGUCCGAGGGUCCUCUCGCAAGUAUUCUGCCCAGUCUCUUCGGAACUCACACUCUCGCCGCUCAUCUGCUGCUGAGUCUCCCCCAGCCAGCCCAACUACACCGAAGCGAGCGCUGCCAGCCAGAUACCGUCCACGAUCAGCAUCUCCAGUAACUCCUCCUCCUAUCAAGUCGCCCGAUCAGUACGAUCUGCAGAGGACUCCAACACAACACGACUACGGAUAUGAUGAUAGACCAAUGACCUCGCAAAGCAUGCAGCCUGAUCCUCUCAACAUACGCAAGAGCCCAAGUAGUUCAUCCUACAGAGACGAUGGCGCGCCGCCACCUCCAGCUCAUCGAACUUUUAGCCCCAGCCCUAGUCAGCAAGCUCCUUCGAAGCCCAGAUUUUCCAAACUACCUCCUCUUGAGCCUCCCAACAGCAGCCGCGUCAAACGCCGAACCUCAUCUCCGCUCAAGCACGAAUACCUACCUUCAGACCAGUCCUCAAUUUCUGGCACUGAUAUCACAGGCAGCUACGAAAAUACCGAGGAUGAUUACACCGAAUCAGACUACAGCUAUGAUUCCUCGGACGACGAUAUCGAGAGCGUUGAUCUUCCAGAGACUGAGCUAGGAGUUAGUAUCAGAGGUGAACACCCAGCUCGAGACAUUAUCAGAGAGGAGUUGGAACAGCAACUUGAGACACUCGAAGAGGAAGGAUCUCUUCACGAUUACCACCAACGACACGAACUUCAUGAAUCCGUCGUAUCUGGCUCAAUUGAUAGCCUGGCUCCAUCAAACUCGGCCUCCCAGGCUGGCCUCCAUGGACAAAAGGUUGCCCCCGAAGACAAUGCUACAAGAUACGUGGCUACUAUUUCCAGGUGGUCCGACAAGGGAUUGUGGAAGGACAUUUCUGGGGGCAACCUCGAAGUCAUCGUCACUCCAGGGUUAAUCGAAGCGUAUGUCGUACAUAGCGGAGCCGAGCAGGGAGACAAGCCCAUGCUCGCACUCGACCUCACCCCACUCGUCCUCAUCCGCCAGAGUACAGCUCUCGACCUUGAAAUCCGCUCGUCAGUCCGAUCUGACUGUCAGCUUGCCAGCUCACACGGUGGAGGAAACUUCCGCUUCCGAUGCCACAACGGACCUGAUUGCUACAACCUUUACAUGUCAGUUCACCACGCUCGUCUCAACAACCAAAAGUUCAUUGAACUUGAGAAUGAAGCACGUUUCAGAAGCUUUGGUGAACAUAAACCACCUUUCGACAACGAUGACACAAGCAGUCGCCGACGACGCAGCUGGUUCGGCCGUAAGAACAGCUACCGUGGUUCAGUUCGUGCGCCUGCCCAAUCUCAUGAUGGUGCAAGCACUACUCCCUCAUCUACUCUCUCUGCGUCAAGCUUCCUCAAGAGACUCACUGGUCGCGGACUUCCUUUCAGUCUGGCUCGCUCCUCUGUUAACCGAAACAGCCGCUAUGGUGGCACCAACACUCCUGGAUCCUCAUCUUAUGGCGGCAACACACCUCGCUCGCCUUCCAUCAGUGUUGAGAACAGCGGUCGUGGCCCCGUAAGCUUUGGCACUGAAGACCUUAAGAUCCGCCUACAUCUCCUCGUCGCAGCCGCCAAGUGGGAGGACUUUGGCAACUGCAGACUAUCCAUUCGGCGACCUCCUCCUGGCUGGCACCAGGCUCUUCGUGCCGACCACGGUCUGGAGAAACGUGUCACUGUCACCACGAUUCCGCGCAAGGACUCAGAGAAGCCAAAGAUUUUGUUAGACGCUGUCCUGGGCAGUGGAUGCUUCACAGCCAUGGGCAGCCGUGGUAUUGUAUGCGGUGUCUGGGAAGAGAUGAAGGACAGCAAUGGCGUUGUUGGCGUUGUUCCGGCUACGGGCCCUACAGGUGGCAACGUCAAGAAGUGGUGCUUCCAGUGCGCCAGCGUUGCAGAGGCAAGCUGGGUUCUGAGGCUUGUCCACCAGGAGGUCAUGACAAUCUAA